AUGGCAGAUGCAGCAUUUAUUGACAGUUCCUCUGCAGAAUUCCGACAAAUAAAAAUCGAAAGCGGCCUAGCUUGUGAGCCCACAGCAUUCCCCAACAAUUUUAUUUCAUCAGGAAAAUACACAAUUUUGUCCUGAGUCCCAAAAAACUUAUUCGAGCAGUUCAACAGAGUCGCGAAUAUUUGAUUUUUAAUAGUCUCAAUUUGCCAGCUUUUACCCUUUAAUUUAUCUCCUACUGCAAAUUGGGCUACAAUUGCGCCUCUUUCUUUUAUCUUAUCCGUCUCACUAUUCAAAGAUGGGUAUUUGGAUUACCGAAGACACGCAAUGGAUAGGAAAAUCAAUAAUAGAAUUACUAAGAAAUGGGAGCACACAACUGGGAAAUUUGAGGAUGUGAAAUGAAUGGAUUUGAGAGUGGGGAAUAUUGUGCUGCUGGAAGGAGAAGUCCAUGUCCCUGCUGAUAUAAUGUUAUUGGCUUCAGGGCAUAGAGAAAAAGUAUGUUAUGUAGAAACGACAAGUCUGGAUGGAGAAGAAAGUUUGAAACUUAAAAAAUGCUUGAAUGAAAUUUCGAGCGUAAUGGAAGGAACCACACCGAUUGAGGCUAUGAAAAAUAUGCAUAUAAUUGAAGAUGGGGUUUUAUGCGGUUUUAUAUUAAAGUUAAGGAAGAAAAUUUUUUAUAGAAUAAUAUUUUUGUAGAAAAAUAGAUAAUGGUGGAUAAAUGGAAAAGGAAAUUGGCAAGUUUUGCUAUAAAAACUGAACAGCCAAAUAAUAGGCUGCACUCUUUUGAAGGGUGGCUUAAGCUAAAAGGCUAUCCCCGAGCAACUCCUGUAUAUUUAGGAAAUAUGAUUUUGCAAAGCAGCACACUAAAAAACACUCCAUGAAUAAUUGGUUUGGUCGUUUUUACUGGAAAUGACACAAAAUUAAUGAAAAACUCAAAGCAUCCUCCUCAUAAAGUGAGCAAUCACAUACUUACUUAACUUAAUUAUCUGGUUUUUAAGGUGUCUAGUGCCGCAGCCCCAAAAUGGACCUAUGGCAAAACUAGUGACGUAGGCGAGCCAUCUUGGUACAGGUCAGCCCUGGCCAAGCCUUCUAUCAACUCCUGCUACACCAGCCUUGCUGCACGUCUCACCCGGCGCGUUGCCGUCGCCCUUGUCUAGACUCAGCUCCUGCGCGUGUUCCGCCUGAGGGUCAUCUUCCCUUGGAGAUGUGCUGAGAGGUAAAAGCCCGAAAUCUUGAGAGGACUGAGGAGCAGUUCCUCUGGUUAUCCCCAGAGUUAAAACCGCUAUUGCUCCAGAAGUUCUCGAGUGAAAACCUAACCCCAUAAAUAAAAUUCCAUGAGGGAGAGAAAAUUAGCAAAGCUAAUUUCUCUCGAACCGAAAUGCCAUUUUAUUUAUGAGCAAUCACAUACAUAAAAUGGCGGACGACGUCCGACCCACCCUCUCAUGGGUGAUUACCCGUGCAUAUCCGGGCAUGGUUUUUGGAGUCGGGAAUUAGCCCAGCAAUGUUUGAGACCUUGAGGCAAGAGGCCUAAGCGCGAAGACCGCUGUUUUUGCGACCAAACCCUUGGGCAUUUAUUCACGACUUCUUUUUGCCAGCAGCGCCCCGCCCAGUGGGUGCCCGAAAUGAGGCAGGGUGACUUACCUGCCUAAGCUGCUUUUAUGGUUUGCCCCGAAUGGCCAAAGCUGUUGAGUUCUUUUUUCGGGAUGACCGGAAAAGAGGGGAAGGCAAACUAGACAUCUCAACGAGGGUCUCUUUGGUUAAAUCGCUCUCAGCGAGCGGAUCCGGCGAUCGGUGCGAACAGGGUUGGCGUAAAAAUUGGGCGACGUGGCAAGUUGGAAAUGGAGGCGGUCAGCGAAGACUGUAUAAGACAUCCCUUGACCUUUACCUCUACGAGAAACCGGGGAUUUCGACCCGGGCUUGAAGCGAUAGCGCCUCUGCCACCCCACGGGGUAAACCCGUGGAACGUCUCGACGACGAAGCAGGGACUUGAAAUACAUAUUUAAAUCUAAUCUAAUCUAAUAAAGUGAGCAACCUUGAGAAAAAAAUAAACAGUUAUCUUACAAUAAUUUUCACUUUUCUCUUUGCAAUUGCAUUCCUCGACACCGCAAUUUAUAUGACCCAGUCAUAUUCAAACUCAGACCAAUUCAGCUACUUUUCAGGGUCUACAUAUGAAUUAUCACCAAUAUCAUUUAUUACUUUUUUGAUUCUUUAUAAUAGCUUGAUUCCUAUUUCUUUAUAUAUUACUCUUGAUAUUGUAAAAGCAGUCCAAUCAAAGCUUAUCCAGUGAGAUAAUUCGAUGUAUUAUGAUGAUGAAAUGGGAAAAGAAAAAAUUAUUAGGUGUUAUUUUUAAAAAAAAAAUUAAUAAAAAAGGGAGGAAUCCAUGAAACAGAUAUGCCUGCUUCAGUAAAAACUGGGGAUUUAAAUGAGGAUUUAGGACAAAUCGAGUAUAUUUUUACUGAUAAAACUGGGACUUUGACAGAAAAUGUUAUGGAAUUUAAAAUGUGCUCUAUUAAAGGAAAAUCUUAUGGAUUUAACCAAGAAAACGAAAGAUUUCAAAAAUGUCAAGUAAAUCCUCACAAAAAAUUUGAAUUUUGGGACCCAGAUUUGUUAGAAGAUAUGCAAACCAAAGGGAAAAAAGAAAUUGGAGAUUUCUUUGAACUUUUAGCGCUCUGUAAUACGGUUACCCCAGAUUUUGAUUUUGAUGGGGAGCCAAUAUAUCAGGCUGCUUCUCCUGAUGAAGAGGCAUUAGUAAUAUACCUUCCUAUACAUAAUUAAAUUUAUUUUUAUUAAUAAUUCGAUUUCCAUUCAUUUAAUUAAAACACUAUAGCUGCACAUUGUUUUGGUUAUUCUUUAAUAGGCUACAAAGACAGCUCAAUUUCUUUACUCUCCUCCGUAAGCGAUUAAAAAAUAUUUGUUGGCUACAGGAGCGUUUAAUUUUUUUUUUUAAAAUUUAUAUGUGGUUUUUUGUUAAAAAAUGAGAGGGAGUAAGAAUCAAUGGAGAAACCUUAGAAUACAGGAUUUUAGGGAUAAAUGAAUUUAGUUCAGAACGAAAACGUAUGUCAAUUGUAGUAGAGCCUAUGAGUGAAAGGAAUAGAAACGUGAUUUUGCUUUGUAAAGGUGCGGAUAGUGUCAUGCUUGAGCGCUGCUUAGGGUCUUCUCAAGACAUUAUUACUAUUAAUAAGCAUCUUGAUGAAUUUUCUUUAUCUGGUCUUAGGACUUUUGUAUUAGGACGCCGUGAACUAACGAUGGAGCAAGCCAAUGACUAUCAAAUCCGAUAUAAUACAGCUAAAAAUGCCCUUUCUGAUAAGGCAGCAAGGCUUUAUGAGCUUGCUGAAGAGUUUGAAAAAGAUAUGGAUUUGAUAGGGGCUGCGGCUGUUGAAGAUAAAAUUCAAGAAGGAGUCCCAGAAGCUAUAGAAACACUUAUGGAGGGAGGAAUCAAAGUAUGGGUGUUAACAGGAGAUAGGACAGAAACAGCUGUAAAUAUAGGCUAUUCAUGCAAAUUAUUGCAGCCUGAUAUGGAUAUUAUUAAAAUUGCUGCAAAUACCUUAUCCCACAUGAGAGAAAAAAAAAUUGUUCGUUCACGAAGGGGAUUUUUAUAUUAAAAAGUUUUGUUUGCUUCUGAGAGUGUUUUUACUCUAAAAAUAGGGAUUUCCUGAUAGUUUUGUUUUCUCACGGGGAGAAUAGAGGAAUCUUAAUCUUAGUCUUAAUUAUAGAUAGUUUCCGCCUAUUGUUAAUAAGUCACCAAAGACUACCUCGAGGGUUCAUCUGCUUUGUGAUGCCAUCGGUUAAGUUAGGUCAUUUGAGAUGUCUCCCCAAGCGAAAAAAUGCUCGACAUCAUCAUGCUCCUCCUUCGGCCCCUAUUGCCAUUGGACAUCCUUAGUUCCUCCUGAGCCUCGUCAUUGCUUACAACUCAGUAUUAGUGGGCGGCUAUGGACUUCUGCUGCUGCUCUGCGCCGAAUAGCCAUAUUUAACUAUAUACCCUAGAGGAAUCAAGAGGGCUUAUUAAGGCACAUUUAGCAAGAUAUGUAAAAGGUGAGAAAAACCGUCAUAACAGCGUACUUAAUAAAAUAAGGUGUGUCACUGAUAAUACACCUGGAAAUACCAUCAACCACAAUCAUACAAGGAAAAACACAAGGUAUCAAGUAAUUCCUGAUGAUGGAGAGAUGUUUGAAGGGGACUUAAAGGUAAAAAAUUUAGAAAGCCUGAACAUAGGCUUAGUAGUUGACGGCCGAGCUUUGGGGUUUAUAAUUAAUGACCCCAUUACUGUAAAAUACUUUAUGAUGCUUGCUAGCUUAUGCCAUGCAGUCAUUUUGUGCCGAGUUACCCCAUUACAGAAAUCAGAGCUUGUAAAAAUAGUCAAAAAAAGAUUAGCAUUUAAGCCUAUGACUCUUGCUAUAGGAGAUGGGGCUAAUGACGUUUCUAUGAUCCAAGAAGCUCAUAUAGGUGUUGGGAUCUGUGGCAAAGAAGGUAUGCAGGCUGCAAAUGCUAGCGAGUAUGUAAUCGCAAGAUUUGCUUAUUUAGUCCCCUUGCUACUUAUUCACGGCAGAUGAAACUAUAACAGAGUUUCCAAGGUUAUCUUAUACUCAUUUUACAAAAAUUUUAUGCUAGUUCUCCCCAACUUCUACUUCAGCUUUAUAAAUCUCUUCAGCGGCACCUCCUUUUAUGACUCCUUCCUUAUGACUCUCUACAACGUCGUUUUCACUUCUCUUCCUAUCGUAAUUGUAGGCAGUCUUGACAGAGAUCUUAGUAAAGAAGUAAUAAUAAAUCGCCCAGUCCUCUAUACAGAUGGCAUUUAUAAGCGAAAAUUCAAUCUUCGGUGAUUUAUAAGGUGGUCUAUGUUCGCUGUUGUACAUAGUGGAAUACUAUUUGGGUUCAUGUAUGGGGCUGUUGUAAAUGCGAUUACUGUUGAUGGGUUUCCACAGUCUUUAGAUAUUACAGGAGUUGUAGCAUUUGCAAUAGCUAUAAAAACGGUCAAUUAUGUAAUUACAGUGGAAUCUUAUGAUUGGACUUGACUGUUUUUUUGGACUUCUGGGGUGAGCAUCCUAUUGUUUUAUCCACUGAUUUUUUGGUAUGAUUAUAGUGGGUAUGGAAAUUAUAUUAUGUGGGGAAUUUCAACAAAGACAUUUUAUUUUCCGUAUGGUCAAGCACAGGUUGGACCUAAGGACCCUCACUUAGUUGUCAUGGAAUGGUAAAAUUUUUACUGAUAAAAAUAAUUGAAAUUUUCGAAAAUCUUAUUUAACAUUAAAAAAACCACACGAAUGGAAAAUGCCAUUAUUAUAAAUUUCACCAUAAUUUUCAUAUGAAAAAGCCAUAAAAUUAGAACUUCUUUAUGUAUUAGGGAUAUGAAAUAAAGUAUCAAUAUAUUAGAAAAUACGUUAAAAAAUAACAUUAAAGUAAUACAGAAAUGAAUAUACUGCAAUAAUACAUAUAUUGUUUAUUAUCAAUGGAGUUUGCUUUUGAAGGAGUGUCCCUGGGUUGCAUUUGUAGUCAACCAUCCGUAUUAUAUUGUGAGUAUGAUGAUGGUUCCAGUUAUUAAUGCGUUGGCACUAGCUAAGGUUAUUGAUAAGCUAACUGUGAGAUGCUACUUAAGGCUCUUAUUCCUUUUCCUGCCUGUUUGCGAGUUCGUGGUUCACAAAAUCGAGAAGAUUGCUUCUUCUGGCUGGGCCUGAGCUCGUACCCGAACUCGAAAAAUGUAUGCCAUGCUCCCUGCGUCAGUAUAGAAUGUCAUUGAAAAUUCAAAAGGUCGAAUUUUCUUGCCGACUCAAGGAAAAAAAGGAAACUCCAAGCCCAAAAAGCAAAGCCUGAUAUCGCGCUUUGAAAUAAUCUCUAUUGUCCAACAGACUAACUUCUAUCACCUCUGGGCUCCCAUUCCAACUUUGAUAAUUAAUAUGGUGGUGGCGACGAAAUAUGUCCUUACAGAGGUCGCACCACUUUGGGCGCUAAAAUGGUUUUAUAGCCUAAACCAAGGUUCAGGUUCUUUAAUUCUAACCCUUAGUAUGCGUAAUCGCUACUGCAUGGGGGUAAACCUUGGGAGUCAGCUGGUGACCAGUUCAGGUAUUAGUUAUCAAAUGAUUUUUGGGCUACGGGCUUUUCCUUUCUGUUCCGGAAGGCCAUAGUUCUUUUUUCCUGUGUGUCACCUCCACCGAAGGUGGCCGACAGGAGGUAUCGGCUAACCUUUACAUCCAUAGCAUACGAUGGCGUACUGACAGGCGUCUUUCUAACCCGUCGACACUCUUGAAGGUCGCAGUGCAAGCCCUGCUCCUAGAGAAGAUCACUGUUCCAAAUAGCUGCUGCUGAAUUUCCGCCCGCAAGCAGGUUGGCGUUAGUCGAAAGUGUGUGAGGCAUCAAAUCUGGAAGACAUUAAGAUUCUUAAUUUAAUUUCCAACUCUGUCUCCAAUUUUCUUACUCCCCCCCCCCCCCUCCGUGAGCGAACAAAACCAUUAGAAAAAUCACCAUUUUUUGACCAAAAAUCCACCCUCCGUGAGCGAACAAAAAUUUUUUUUAAUAGAAAAAAUUUUAAUGGAAAAAAAUUUUGAUAUAUAAGUGAUAAUUAGUAUAAUGAAAUCUAGAGCUAAUUCUGUUUAAUUUUAAACAAAUUGCGUUUUAAAACAUAAAUUUUGCAAAUUAAAUUAAUAUUUGCUUCCCAAUUUUUGCAAAUUAGGAUUUUUUUAAAUUUCGAAAAAAAUAUUUUUUUAUAAAAUUAUAUAUAAAUUUUUUUUUAAAAAAAAAAAUUAACCCCCCUCCGUGAGUGAACAAAAUUUUUUUGUUCGCUCACGGAGGGGGGGGGGGGAGUUAAGAGAAAUCUGUUGCAGGAUCAACUUGGUCUGCUUAGUUCGACAUUGCUGCUUCCAUCUACAGGAAUUAAGAGAGUGAAGAUUCGCCACGCCAUUUUAACAUAUAUCAGCUAUUAACGCCAUUCAUUAUAUUACUGUUAAGUAUAUAGGAAUGUUGUGGUACCCCACCAAGGCUGAUUCUUUAAUAUGCUGAUUAAUGUAGUAUACUGAAGGAAAAAUAUAAAAUAAAUAGCAUUUUUUUUUUAAAAAAUUAAGCUAUUUAUGCAACAAUAAUAAUGAAUAUUAAUGAUAACAGCAUAGUGAAAAAUUCCAAAGUUGCCCCCAGUAAAAGAUACCAAAUGAGGUCCAAAAACAGAACUAAGCUCGUCCUUAUGAGGGUCAAAGAAUAUGCAGACUGUCUCAACAAAGUUUUCAUCCCCAAAAAUGUCGAUAUGGGUGCUAAUGAAGACGAAGACCACGACUACUAUGCCUUCCACAACAUUUUCCUCCAAUUCAAGCACCCCUACGUCGAAAAAACCUACAAAACUCAUAUAAUUCAAAGAAUCACAAAAUUUAUGACAGCUCUCGCAAGACUUAUCAUUAUAUUAGGUAUUGCCUUCGAAUUGUAUGUAAUUAUCUCAAAUACAGGGAAUAUUGGAGUUGUCGUCUCUUACAGUGUUUUACUAUGCCUAUGCUUUUUUAUUUUAUGGUUUUCCACUAGAAAAUCGUUUAUAAGGCAAUUUGAUGUAUGAAUCCUUGCAUUUGUAGCAUCUUAUCUGCUGUUUAAGUUUGUCCAUGAAGUUUUCUAUCAUUAUGAUUCCUCAUUAAGCACAGCUCUGGUUAUAACCUUAAAUUUCUUUAUAUUCAACGUGGGGAACUACAAAAUUUGUAUCAUAAAUGCAAUUUUCUUAUUUGCUUAUUUGGUGUAUAUGGCUAUUAUGUAUUCCUUAGAUGAAGACGUCAGGGAUGCUUUGAUUAUUUUAUUUAAUUAUGCAGUGCUUUCUAUAGGGAUUUUUUUAGUCAGUACAUAUGUAGGGUAUUUACUAGAAAAGUUUGCCCGUGAAGAAUUUGUGUUUCAGCGAAAGCUGGAAUUUCAAUUCCAAAAAGGCCAAGACAUCUUGAGUAAUUUAUUGCCAAAUUUUGUAAAAGAUAGAGUAAAAGAAGGAGUGAGAUAUAUUGCUGAAAAACAAAGCAGCGUCACUGUGGUAUUUUGUGAUAUAUAUGAUUUUGAUAUAUAUAUUAAACUGAAUAUAUUGAUUUUUUAAAAUAAAAAAUAAUUGAAAAUAUUCAGCUUAUUUUCUAUAAAAUUUGUUCAUCAUUAUCACCUAAUGAGCUAUUAGAACUUCUUGACAAAUUUUUUGUUAUGCUGGAUGGGCUAUGCGAAAAAUUAGGUGUUACCAAAAUAGAAACUGUUAAUAAAACUUAUGUGAUCUGUGGAGGCUUAGCUGAUAGUGAAGCUAGUCUCUCUACAAAACAGCUGAAACUUAAUCAUGCUGAAAGGUGCUUAGAAGCUGCUAUCAAAAUUUUACAAAAACUUGAACCAGUUUCACUUAAAAAUGGGCACAAACUGCAAGUGAAAAUCGGAAUAAACACUGGCUCAGUUAUUGCUGGAGUCGUAGGAGAGCAUAAACCUCAGUUUUCCUUAGUCGGAGACACUGUAAAUACCGCCUCAAGAAUGUGCUCUACCUUAAAAACCCCCGAUUCCAUACAAAUUUCAUCAGAAACUUAUAAUUUUAUCAGAGACCACACCAAAUAUAAUUUUAUUCCUAAUAAAGUUGAAGCCAAAGGCAAAGGGCUUUUAAACACUUUUAUAGUAGACAAUCAAAAAGCUAGACGGAAAACAAGGCGGGCUGUAUAUUUAGGAGGAAGCAGUAGCAAAUGGAACGGUGAAGACUCCAUAGACGCUAUCGACAAAAGUAUAGAGCCAUUAAUGGCUGAGGACAAAAGAAUGCAAACCCAACAAAUCACUAUAGAAGAUGAGACCACAAAAGCAGCCCAAAAAUUCGAGCUUGCUGAUUUAACCUCACAAGAAGACAGUGAUUUAGAGCUUGUCGGGCCUGUAGAAUGGCUAGUUUGCAGCUUUAAAGAAACUGAUAUCCAAAAAGAUUUCAGACUGUCUGGCAUUGAAAGAGACCUAAAAGGACUAAUUUAUGGGCUGUGACUGACUAUUACCACAUAUACCAUUCGGACCAUUAUUUUUAUUACAGCUUUUAUUCUUGAUAGGAACCAAGGGUCUAUCCCAGAAAUUGUUCUGAGAUUUGCAUGUUUGGCGACUAUGUUUUAUUUGGUUUCGGUAUUUAAAAACGUUUAUAAAUCUUCAUUAUUUCCAUGGGCUGUUAUGUUGCUUUAUAUAAUUGAGAGCUUGCUGAGUGCAGUUUCCAUUGCAACAAUGCCGAGCUAUUUUAUAAAUGUGGUGGCGUUGGAGAUUAUGUAUACAAAUUUAGUGAUUAACCAUAUUAGUGGGCUGCCAUUUGGGUAUAUUUUGUUUGCAACUGUUAUUAAUGCAGGGCAUUGGAUUUGUAUUGUGUCUAUGAGCAAUGUGGAUGAAUUUAUGGCUGUCCAGUCAACUUUGCUUAUUUUAGCAUUUUUUGCUAUUAUUCUUUAAAAUCAAAUAGUGUUUUAUUAUUUAUGGAAUAAAUAUUUUAAUUUAUAUAAAAUUUAGCUAAUUUUUUCUUAUAAUAAAUUUUAAUUAUUUUAAGUUGGAAUAACGCUAUAAUUAGCUUUAUAACAGAAUGACAAUCAAGAAAAGCUUAUAAUCUAAACAAGCGUGCUCAAAGAGAAAUAAAGAACACAGAAAAGCUCUUAAAUCAAAUGAUCCCUCCUCAAGUUUUAAGAAACCUACACAACGAUGUCACAACUACUGAUAGGUAUUAUGAUGUUACCAUUCUUUAUGCUGAUAUUGUAGGAUUUACAAUGUGGUCUUCUGAUAAAGACCCAAUCGACGUAGUCUCUAUGCUUUCUAAGCUUUUUUCUAUUUUUGACCACCUCUGUGUCCGACACAAUGUAUAUAAAGUUCAUACAAUAGGAGACUGCUAUGUAAUCUUAGGCUUUACAGAUGGAGAAAAUAGAGACCCACCUUCAGAGUGUCUUAAUGUCCUAGAAAUGGCUUUGGAUAUGAUAAAAGCUAUCAAAAGGGUAAAUAAAAGCAAAAAAAUAAAUUUAAAUAUGAGAAUUGGGAUUCAUACGGGAGAAGUUAUAGCUGGGAUUACGGGGACAAAUAUAGUGAGAUAUGAUAUUUAUGGGCCAGAUAAUGAUAUCGCGAACAAAAUGGAAAGCAAUGGGUUUGCUGGGAAAAUUAAUGUAAGUGAAAUAGCUAAAUAGCCAUUUAAAUUUGAACAAAUAUUGGUAAAAUUUCCAAUUAAACUUUUUAAAUAAGAUCAAAAUUUUAUAGGAGAAAAUAAUAAUUUCUAUGCAAAUAAGCUUUGAAAGUAAAUUUAAUUAUAGCUUUUCUCUAUUUCAAGAGAUACCAAAUUAGGAUACUACAAAAAAAACUUUGAAUUGAUAAGUUUUUAUAAAUUAAUUUUUAAUGAAAAUUAUUUAUUUUCUUUUAAAAAUGAACACCAUUAAAAAUUUUUUGGUUCUAAUUUAAAGGGGAAGAGUAAGGCAAUUAUUGAAGGACAGGCACCUGGGAGGUUUGAUUAUGAUUUCAAUAAAGUGGUAAAAUAUGAGCCGACAGGGAGAUCGCUGAACAGUUAUUUUGUGGUACCGAAGCAUGAUAAAGAUAUUGUUUUUGAUGAAGAUUAA